AACAACAAUAAGCAAUAACACAGCAGUCUGCAGCAGCCGCGCCGUGUGUACCAUCCGCCGAUGCACCGCCACUGAUUGUACUCCUUUCGCCUAAUUCCGUCGUUCGCGUAUUAAGACGUAUAAUAUUCUGUCGUGACCGUCCGGUAAUAUAUUGUACGCGGACCGAUAACCACGGUUGUCGCGGUAAAGUACAUCAUAAAAUCCAAUUAUCCACCCGGAGCCGACCGGGAAAGACGCGCUCGCGCCCGAAGAACCUUUUAGUGUCCGAAACGCCUUCAAGCGAAAACAACAAUAUUGUUAAGGACAUGGGAAUCGCCUGUGGCGGACGUGCCGGCAGCGACGACAAAUCGCCCGCCUAAUCGGCGGACGAGUGCUGCGCGGCGAGCUGAUAACCCGGUCAUUGGUGAAGUGAGCUGAUAAAAAUAAAAAACAACUCGACAACCUAUUCUCUGUUGUUGAGAUUGCUGUGCGGUGUCAGAAGCAUUCAUAGCAGUCUUGGACAUCCACCUCCCCGUCCAACACACACUUACACGUGGAUUUUAUUUUAAUUUAAAACUGCACAUAUCAAAGUUGUAACGUUAUGAGUGCAUAUCACAUGAAUACCGCUCCCGUUGUAUACAACGUCCAGAACUCUACGCUGUUUGGUCACGGAUUGUUUGGCGAUUGUUACUCAAAUAUCAUGGAAACGGCUGCAACAAUGUUCCUGUCCACCCAGUAUCAGCCGAUCCUUAUGUCCGUGAUUGGGUCCAUUGUCGUGGGCCUCAGCGGACUUUUCCCUCUGCUCAUAUUGCCAGUCAAUGACUCAAUUUCUCUAAAAACUGGUCCUGGCAGUAAACAUUUACGUCUGUUAUUGAGUUUUUCCGUUGGUGGUAUGCUGGGUGAUGUAUUUUUACACGUUUUACCUGAAGUGUGGAUUUCUUCUAAAGAUAGACAUAAAGACUGGAUACGGGAUGGCUGGUGGGUUCUGGCUGGUUUAUUAGUAUUCAUUAUAGUUGAAAAAUUGUUUUCAUUGUCAGAUAAUGAAGACACUGAUGAAGCCAUUCAUAAAAAAGUGUCUACUGACAUAAACUCAGUCAAUAACAACCAUAAGGAUCUAGGGAAAAUAACUAAAUGUAUUGAUGUGGUGACCAAAGGAAAAAAUCACAUUCAAAUAAGUGGUUAUUUAAACUUGUUAGCCAAUUGCAUCGACAAUUUCACUCAUGGUUUGGCAUUAGGAGGAAGUUUCCUCAUAUCCCCAAGAGUUGGUAUGUUCACCACAUUGGCAAUAUUAGUUCACGAGAUUCCGCAUGAAGUUGGUGAUUUUGCUAUUCUUUUGAAGUCUGGGUUUAGUCGUUGGCAAGCUGCAUGUGCUCAAGUAUAUACUGCUUCUGCUGGCAUAUUUGGAGCCCUUACGGCCAUAUACUGUAGUGGAGUUUCUGAUGAUGUUGAGGCAAAGACAUCUUGGAUUAUGCCGUUUACAGCUGGCGGUUUUCUUCACAUUUCUUUGGUUACAGUGUUGCCCGAGCUUCUACUCGAAGAGAACCCAAGAGAAUCAAUCAAACAGUUUACGUUGAUAGUUGCUGGAAUAACAGUUAUGUUUGUCAUGUCUCAUCUGUUCGAAUGAUAAACCAUACAUUUUUUCCUUGUCCCUUUCUCCCACCAUGUAUCCCAUUUACAAAAGACUAUAAUUUAAUAUUAUUAUUAUUAUUAUUUGACAUUUUUACUGUAUAAUCACAUUAUUGUACCACCUACUACUUGUUUAGUCAAUUUAAGUUAGUUAUGUACUGUAUUUGUAUUGUUCAUAAAAUACUACAGAUUUCUGAACCAAGUUCUUUAUAAUGUUACCAUAAGACACAGGCCAGCAUUACUAUUUAUAUUAAAAAAAUCACAUCUUCAGAAAUUAAUUGGUUUUAUUUAUGGCUGUGCAUUGUUGAUUUUUUUUUGUUGUCAAUACUGCAUUGUUUUGAUAUAUUUUUUUUUAAGUUUAACACAAUUUAUUUUCAUUACCAAGCCAUAUUAUAUUUAAGUUAUUUAUGUAAAUAUUUAUAUGUUAUCAAAAAUUAUGUACAACUAACAUUAACUAUUUAAUUUUACUACUUAAAAAUGUAUUCUGUCGAUUUCUUGCUU